AUGGCUAAACCAAAGACUCAAGCUGGCCCCGAACCCACGCCCAAGUGGCAGUCGGUCUCAUGGCAGAAAAAGGACCAGCAGUUCGCUCGCAUCCCCAGCCAAUGGCGCUUGCCCCAGUCACCACCUGCGACUGUCACCAACUAUCUCAGUGUACCACGAGCGUGUGGCCUACUGACAGAGGAAGAGCUAGACAUGACCGAAAACCACGACGCCACAGCCCUUGCUCAAGCGAUCCGAGAAAGGAAGCUUGCGUGUGUGCAAGUCACCACCGCCUUCUGCAAGCGGGCGGCCAUUGCACACCAACUCACCAACUGCUUGACCGAGAUCUUCUUUGAUGAUGCGUUGAAGCGCGCAGCCGAGCUGGACGCCCACCUGGACGCCGGCAAGCCACCUCUAGGCCUGUUGCAUGGAGUCCCGGUAUCACUCAAAGACAUGUUCAAUGUCCGUGGCUACGACUCUUCUCUCGGCCUCGCCGCGCUAUCUUUCAAGCCGGCUACCGAGAACUCGGUACUGGUCGACCUGCUGCUCAGCUCCGGCGCAGUGCUCUACUGCAAGACGAAUGUUCCACAGGCUCUGAUGGCGCUGGACUCACACAACAACGUGUUUGGCCGUACACUCAACCCCAUCAACACCGCACUGACCGCAGGCGGCAGCACCGGAGGCGAGGGCGCUCUGCUCGCUAUGCGCGGCUCGGUCCUCGGUGUUGGUACAGACGUAGGCGGCUCCAUCCGCAUCCCUGCCAUGUGUGAUAACUUGUACGGCAUCAAGCCGAGCGAUGGCCGUGUUCCGUACGCUCUAAUUGAGGGAGGAUCACUCCCCGGUGCAGCGAAGAUGGGUCUGCCUGCCAGCGCUGGCCCACUAGGCCACUCAAUGCGCGACAUGGACCUCUUCUUCCAGGCAGUAUCUGAUCAGAAGCCAUGGCAAGUCGAUCCGGAUGUUGUUCCACUGCCGUGGAGUCCCUCAGCUUCACAUCCCAAGAAGUUGAGGAUAGGCGUUGUAAGACGAGAUGGCGUGAUCGAGCCGCUACCCCCGAUUACACGCGUACUAGACGAGACCAAGGCCAAGCUGCAAAAGGCCGGUAUAGAGGUUGUUGAAAUGGACAUUGCAUCCAUCUUCUCGCAGUGCCACUCCCUCGCCAACGGUAUGUUCAACGUCGAAGGUGCGAAUGCAAUGUUCGACCUGCUAGAAGCAGCAGACGAGCCAUUGUCGCCGUGGCUGUCAACCCGACUAAAGAGGAGGAAGAUGGCGCCGUUCGAGAAGCUGCAGGAGCUGCAUGGAAAGCGCGAGAAGCUGCGCAAAGAGUGCCUGCAGAUGUGGAGGGACAAGACAGGCGAGAUUGAUGCGUUCAUCUGCCCUGUUGCGCCGCAUCCUGUUCCGCCCAUCGAUCGUUACAAUGGCGCCGGCUACACGAGCUCCUUCGUGCUUCUCGACUACCCUGCCGGCACCGUUCCGAUCCGAAACUUCACAAAAGGCGACAAGAAGGGCGAGAUGAAGGGUAAGCCGCUGGGCAGCUGGGACAAGGUCAACCGUGCACUCUGGACCGAAGUCGACCGCGAAUUGUACGUAGGGUCUCCACUCUGCAUCCAGGUCGUAGCGCCCAAGUUGCAAGAAGAAAAAUUGGUGCAAGCCAUGGCAGCAAUCGAUGCCGCGCUGAAGGCGGAGCGACCACCCUCAGCGAAGCUCUAG